UCGGGGCAGGAGGCGGCGUUCGUGGAGGUGGUGCUGUUCGAGUCCAGCCCCGGCGGCGACUACACCACCUACACCACCGGGCUGCAGGGCCGCUUCUCCCGCGCGGGGGCCACGCUCAGCGCCGAGGGCGAGAUCGUGCAGAUGCAUCCACUGGGGCUCUGCAACAGCAACGAUGAAGAGGACUUGUAUGAAUAUGGCUGGGUUGGAGUAGUGAAACUGGAGCAGCCAGAGCUGGAGCCCAAACCCUGCCUCACUGUUCUGGGCAAGGCCAAGCGGGCAGUGCAAAGAGGGGCCACCGCUGUCAUAUUUGAUGUGUCUGAAAAUCCAGAUGCCAUCGAUCAGUUGAACCAAGGCUUGGAAGACCCUCUGAAGAGACCAGUCGUGUAUGUGAAGGGGGCUGAUGCAGUCAAGCUGAUGAACAUUGUUAACAAACAGAAGGUAGCCCGGGCCAGGAUUCAGCACCGGCCUCCACCGCAACCUACGGAAUACUUCGACAUGGGGAUAUUCUUGGCCUUUUUUGUGGUGGUGUCUCUUGUUUGCCUUGUUCUUCUCGUCAAGAUCAAACUGAAGCAGCGCCGCAGCCAGAGUUCCAUGAACAGGCUCGCUGUGCAGGCACUGGAAAAGAUGGAGACGCGGAAGUUCAAAUCCAAGCUGAAAGGGCACUCCGAAGAGGGCUGUGGGGCUCUGGAUACACUCAGCAGCAGCUCUACCUCAGACUGUGCCAUUUGCCUGGAGAAAUACAUUGAUGGGGAGGAAUUGCGUGUGAUUCCUUGUGCUCACCGGUUCCACAGGAAGUGUGUGGACCCGUGGCUUCUGCAGCAUCACACAUGCCCACAUUGUCGUCACAACAUCAUUGAGCAGAAGAAAGGAUCUCCAGGACAGAUGUGUGAGGAAUUUGCGAAUCAGAUCCGUAGCCGGCAGCAGCAGCGGCCAAUGAUCCUUCCGGUUCAUUAUCCCGGCCGAGUUCACAGAACCAAUCAAAUCACCGCAUACCCAACCCGGACUAGUAUGGACAACCAUGGGAACCCUAUCACAGUCCUGACAGUGGACCGGCACGGGGAGGCCCCUGCCUUCCUCCAAAGCUACCAGCCGAUCCACCUGGAUCACACGGUGAGCACCCAUCCAUGCGGGGUGGAGCACAGAGCCUGCCCCACUGCACACCCCUUCCGGAGGCCCAGGUUCAGCGGCCACCCCUUUCCCAAACCUGCUUGUUUUUCGCAGUACGGAACCAUGUUUCAGCACUACUAUUUCCAAGGCCUGAGCUACCCAGAGCAGAGUGGCCCGCUUCCCCUGGGCAUGGCUGCCAAGGCCCCCGCUCGUGCCUUCCAGCCUGUGGGCAGCAGGCUUUUCCCCCCGGUGGUCCAUGUCGCCCCCUCGUCCCACCUGGAGAGCAGCAGCACUUCCAGCUUUGGUUGUCACCACGGCCACCGCUCAGUCUGCAGUGGCUACCUGGCGGAUUGUCCGGGCAGUGACAGCAGCAGCAGCAGCUCCGCCCAGUGCUGCCGCUGCUCCUCCAGUGACUCCAUGGUGGACUGCACGGAGGUGAGCAACCAGGGCGUCUACGGGAGCUGCUCCACCUUCCGCAGCUCGCUGAGCAGUGACUAUGACCCGUACAUCUACCGCAGCAAAAGCCCCUGCCGGGGAAGCGAAGUGGGUGGGCUGAGCAGAGGGGCCGUGGUUCUCGUUGAAGGCCUCCAUUCAUCCCGCCUGACUGGGGGCGGCGAGUGCUUCCCCGCCUCAGCCGCCUCUGCAGGGGACCAGCUUUCGGACUGCAGCCUAGAGAUGAAUUACAGCAGCAGCUCCUCGCUGGAGCACAGGGAACCUCCCGGCGCCAUCUCGGAGGGCAGCCUCGAAGCCCUUGCUGGAGCUCAGGAGCAAGCCUGUUCCUGCCGCCAGGAGUCCGCGGGGGGCAGGGAGGUGGAACGCAGCACACUGCUCCUGGGGCCGCCCUUUUGGACAGGAGGUGGCCCUGGGCAAGAGCCUCCGGCAGGGAGAGGCCAGGGCUUGUACAGUAUUCGGACGGAGGGGGGGGAAUGUGAGGCCUUGCCUUGCUGCUUCUAUGAAGAGAAGCAGGUGACCAGCAGCAGCAGCCCCAGCCAAGCCACCUGCUACAGAGAGGACUAUUCCGUGAAUGUGCAGUACUUGUAUGCUGAGGAUUCCUUGCCGAGCUGCUACUCGGGGGUGUGUGACCUAAGCCAGCGGAUCACCAUCAUUCCCGAGGACAGAGACUGUGAGCCAGCUGUGCCUGCAGAAUGCCCAGGAGACAGCGGCCCUUGGGAGGGACCGCCUGAGAUGGACACUUGUGGGCUGCAGCCAGCUCCAGGGGAGGUGCACAGUAAGCAGGAGAAGGAGUUGCGCUGCCAGUCCAGAGGCUCUCUGCAGAAAGGGGCCCGGGGGCUCUUUGCAACCCCUGCCCUGAGCUGUUCUGAGGCAGUAGGCCCCUGGAUAUCAGAUUGUUCUUCCAUGGGGAGAUAUCCGGCUGGGGACUAA